UGGAAGUGACUCUGGGCUCUGGCGGCCGGACUUCCCAGGAAAGUUUUUACCGUUUUCCGUCUUCGCCCAGCCGCUGCAGUUUUGACCUUAUUUUAAAGAGGAGCGGGACGUCGCACUGCAUUCCUGAACGGCGUAUAUUUCGUGGCUCUGCAGUCUUUCGGACCCCCGGGAUAAACCGAGCCGGUGUGAGGGGGUCGGAGGAAGGCCACGGAUGACCGAGGGAUUGUUUAUGUAUCUUUUUGGAUCUCCUCUAACGAGUUAUAGUCGGUGCAUACUUUAUAAAUUGAUCACCAAUAAUGAGUGGACAUCCGCUGCAACGGCGGCAAACAAACGUCGGGUCCAUACUACUGACACCGCAAGAAAAUGAAAGCCUUUUCAACCACCUUGGCAGGAAAUGCAUCACAUUGUCUUCAGCAGUGGUCCAAGUGUUCACAGCAGACAGGAACUCCAGCUGGAACAAGAGAUGCUGCGGUGUGGCCUGUCUGGUCAAAGACAACCCCCAACGAUCCUAUUUCAUCAGGGUCUUUGACAUCAGGGAAGGUAAGAUGACAUUUGAACAGGAGCUGUACAACAACUUCAGCGUCUACCUCCCCAGACCAUACUUCAUGACAUUUGCUGGAGAUACAUGUCAAGUGGGUCUGAACUUUGCCAACGAGGAGGAGACGAAGCGUUUCCGUGGUCACGUGGGAGACCUACUGGGGAGAAGAACGAGGAAAACUGAGAAGAGACGCGACCCUCCAAAUGGCCCGACGUUGCCCAUGGCUACAGUCGACAUCAAAAACCCAGAGAUCAGCAACGUUCAGCGUUACCAUAACAACUCUCAGGUGAACAACAUUGUGCACUCCUCCUUCCCCAAGAGGGAGAAAAAGAGCAAGGGGAAGAAGAAGCGGUUGACCAAGGCGGACAUCGGCACGCCGAGCAACUUCCAGCACAUUGGACAUGUAGGAUGGGAUCCAAACACAGGCUUUGAUUUGAAUAACUUGGACCCAGAGCUGAAGAACCUGUUUGAUUUGUGUGGCAUCUCAGAGGCUCAGCUGAAGGACAAGGAGACGUCUAAGGUCAUCUACGACUUCAUUGAGAAGAAAGGAGGCGUGGAAGCUGUCAAAAAUGAGCUACGGAGACAAGCUCCUCCACCCCCUCCAUCCAGAGGCGGCCCUCCACCCCCACCCCCACACCACGGCUCAGCCCCUCCUCCCCCUCCUCCUGCCAGGGGGCGAGGUGCCCCGCCACCGCCUCCCCCCUCCAGAGCUCCCAUCUCUGCGCCCCCUCCUCCCCCUCCAUCCAGACCAGGCAUGUCCGCUCCACCGCCUCCCCCGCCCAGCCGAGGCUCCCUCCCGCCUCCCCCUCCACCGGCCCAUGCCUCAAUUCCUGUGGCGCCUCCCCCGCCGCCUCCUCCCCCCUCAUCUUCAAUGCCAUCCAGUGCCGGCGGACCACCUCCUCCCCCUCCUCCUCCCCCGCCUCCUGGCCCACCACCCCCUGCUCCCCCGCUGCCCACGGAAGCUAACGGAGGGGACAGCGGUCUGCCCUCAUCUGGGAAGUCGGCGCUGCUGAGUCAGAUCAGAGAAGGCACCCAGCUGAAGAAGGUGGAGCAGAAGGAGAGGCCGGUGUCCAGCACCGGCAGAGACGCACUUCUGGACCAGAUCCGACAAGGAAUCCAACUGAAAUCGAGGGAUGACAACAUCGAUUCAACCCCUUCCACCCCGGCCCCCUCAGCAGGUAUCGUCGGGGCCCUGAUGGAGGUGAUGCAGAAGCGGAGCAAGGCUAUUCACUCUUCAGAGGAGGAUGAUGACGACGACGACGAUGAGGACUUUGAAGACGAAGAUGAAUGGGACGACUAGCGAUAUUUUGUUUUUUGUUUUUUUCCUCCCCUCCCCCUCCCCCUGGAUGAUUCUGACACUAAAAUUGUUCUCGUCUUUCUAAAAUGAGAUCUUUAAUUUCAAAAUUAUAAAUGUAAAUGUUCUAUCAAUUUGCUGUAUAUUUUUGUUGCCUUUAUGCUUUUUCUAUUAAUCUGUGCAAUACCUCAUUUAAUCUGUAAAUGUUUGUCAUUCUCAUAUCUUAGAUGUCUCCUUAACUCCGUCACGUCUGUCUCUGUCGGCUCCAUCUCUGUCUCUUGAUAGGAAUAUGUCACAUGUCUCAUUUUAACUAUGUGCGUCUUUUUCCAUCUCUAUGCAUCUCUUUCUCCUCCUCCCACGUUCCCCAACUCUUUGAUGUCCAUCACCUCCAUCUGUCACUCAGCCAUCCUUCAUAUCUGCUGCAUCCCAUCACACAUGUUCCCUCCCUGCCACUCUCCCGUGUUCCCACUCCCCAGACUGACAUGUGCAAUUUUACAUCAAGUUGUCUCUUGAACCUUGGAGUUGAAUGUUUUUUUGUUGUUUCUUUUGGUCAGUGAUUGAAGGGGGAGGGCUUACGAAAUGAGUUUCCACAAAUCCUUCAUCGGUUGUGUCGUCAUUGUUCGUGAGGAGGAAAAAAAAUUGAACUAUUUUCAUACCCUAUUGCUCUCUAGUUUAUUUUUACUUAUUCAAAUGAUCCUAGUUUAGCACUCAUAUUUUCUUAAAACAAAGAAGAAAAAAGGAAAAUGCUCUUUUUGGAAUAUUUAGCUUCAUUUGUUGUCGACUGUAAAUUUGCUCCAGAGUUUGAGUCUUGUUAUAUUUUUGCACAGAUUGAAAGAGGAGACUCGCUGCAUGAAUACAGGACAUUUUCAGGUCUGUAUCAUUAUUGAACAUACAUAUGCUUUAAGUAAUGAGGCAGAAUACACUUGGACAUUAAGCAUUUUUAGCCGUUAACCCACCACACUACAAACAGCACAGUAUGCGCGCAGAGGUAGCCCACAGCAUCAUGGCUGGCUAUCUAUUGUGAAUUUUAGUUAUUUUUUUAAAAUUGUCACCGUUAUACUGCAGAUUCAGUUCAAAUUGUGUUUUCUUUUUAUCUUUCUCUCUCUUUUUUUUUUUUUUACAGUAGCAAGCGGAGUAUUAAUACAGUAAAUGCCUGUUUGUUGGAGUCAGGUCAUUCAUUGUAAAGCUUGAGGAAUAAAGACAUUUUAGUUCUACACACCUGAUGCUUAUAAUGGGUCCAUAUGCGAAGUUACUGUACAGAAACGGUGGGGCUAAAGUAGUGUUCCUCCUGUUGUAGACACUAAGUGCUGACACAGUAUAGAGAGAAACACUAGAUUCAUGGCAUUAUUCAAACAAGUAUCAAUAUUUUCUUGACUAACUAUUCAAUCAUGAGGUGUAAUAUAAGAAUUGCUUAUUAAAAAGAACAGUGGCCAAUUAUUCCCUACAAAGACCAAACAGUUGGAUGUCAACAUGUGUUUUAUCCAGGCUGAAUAAUAUUUCCCAGUAAUUCCUGAUGUGUUUAUUUAAAGGUGGGUUUGUCACAGAGGAUGCUCAAACUCUGUCUCUUAAUUUUUAAUAACGGUCAGCUGCAGUGGCAAAGACUUCCCAGUGUGGUAAACCCAUACAGUCUGGCUCAAAAGAAACAAAAAGUUAGCCCUAAUGUGGAGACUGUACUUUAGCGUUGCUUGCUAACCAGCCAGGGUAGAUGUGUUUCUCUCUUUUUCUUGUAGCGUACAAAACAGCAGCUACUGCUGCCAAAAGUGACCGUUAAGGAAAAAUGCUAAAAGCUAGCACCUACUAUAACACUAAUGCAAAUGGAGAAAAAUCGUAUGUCAUAAAGCAACAUCUGUCUGCACUUUGCUAACAUUGGCUAGCAUAUGCUAACUGGUCGUACAAGACCAAAAAAGGCUGUAACAGCAAAACCCCUGUGCGUAUUGAACUAAGUAAGCGCAUAUUUCACUGCUAAUGAAAUCAACUUUUCAUUUGCAAAAGGAAGAAUGUUAUUUCGACUUCCAGGCGUCGUAGUCUUUCUUUAAAUCAGCUGCUAUCUGCUAGCCUAUUGUUCCUGUACACAUGAAGCUUGGCCUUCUGGGUUUUCUCUACAGUGGCCAUGUUGGCUCCACAAUAGUUGCUGAAUCAUUAUAGCAAAUUUCGGGAGAGUUACCUGCGCUUUCGGGUUUGCAAAGCCUAAUUAAAAAGCCUUUUCCUUUAAAUAAAGAAUAUCUUGUAACGGCAUUUUCUUACCUGGCAAGCUAAUUAGCUGCCUAGUGCUCAGUGGCUAGGACUAAGAAUUUAGCAUUUAUAGUAGCAUUACUUAACGAGGGAUGCUAAUUAUGCACAUGCUAACAAGUAGCAUGCAAAUACGUUGUGGGUUUUAGGAGCGCUAAUACAGAAACGUCUUAACCACAAUGUAACAAAUAUCCUUCAAAAAUAACACAAAGAUGUGAAGCUUAUUUAAAACUUUUGUUUUUGUUUUUUUGCUGCUCGCAAUAGAGGCGCAUUGGUGUCCUCUUUAAACUUUGUCUUUGAGAGACAAAUUGCCACUUGUUUGAUGUAAGAAAUUACCUCUUUUGUCAAAUAUAAAGAUACUUUUUGGGAAAUCCUUGCCAUGUUUUCGCUGAUGUUAGCUUCUGUAGGUAACUCGGUUAAUAAGAUGUUAUGGACGCCAAGCCUUAUCAGUGAGGCUUGACAAAUCAUGAACUCUUACAUUGUACACUCCAAUAAAAAGUUGAUAUUUACAUACUUUGGCAUUUGGGCUUCUUUUCCCUUCUAAGCCUGUUUAAAUUGAUGUUUCUUUACAAAACUGUGUCAUUUUGGAAAUAAACUUGAUUUCCUUUAUUUCUGUA